ACUCCGGAUGAGACAAGAUGUAAAGAUAGACCUUGUGGAUGCGAUUCAAAUGCUGAAAGCCUCUUGGGACAGCGUCAAGCAGGCGACAGUAGCUAACUGCUUUCGGCAUGCGGGCUUCGUUGGCCACAAUGAAGCUUCAGAGGAAGCAACCGACGAAGCAGGAAUGGACGGUACAGAGGAAGACUGCGAGCUCAAAGAAACCUGGAGCAAGUUGGAGUGCUUUGUUGGUGCUAAGCCACGAAGCAUGUGCAUUGAUGACUUUGUUGGCGGUGACGACACCACCGGAACAACGGCGGAGUUGACAUAUGUGGAGAUCGCUGCGGAAGUUACAGCUGGGCGGCCAAGCGAAGACGUUGCCGAGGCUGAUCCCGCAAGCGCUGAUGGUGCUCCGCUCCCGACUUCAACCGAGGCUGAUGCUGCUUUGGCCCUUCUACGCCGCUACUGGGGCACAAUAGAAGGCAUGGGCCUAUUGCUUGUUGAUCGUUUAGACUAUGUUGAGGACGCCUUAGUUAAACACGCCCUUGCCAACAAGAAGCAGGCUACCCUGCAGCAGUACUUCCAGCCAAAAUAA